AUGUACCUGCGAAAAGUUUUAAAAUGGAGUUUCAUAGCUGGAAUUGCUGGUGUCACUGUUUCAUCAUUACAUAGAAAUGAAUGGGAGGUAUCAACUAUAGGUGCUCUUCGCUUUGGGCGUGCUGCUAUUACAGUUGGAAAAAUUGCUGUCGACUACAAACUGACUUUAAAAGGGUUAGAUGUUGACACUGAGAAUUAUGAAAAGCUUAAAUCAGAAGUAAUCGUCGUCCUUGUACAUUUUAGGUCAGCUAAAAAGCUCCUGGACUUGUGCUGCAAGAAUGGAGGUGCUUUUAUAAAAGUUGGCCAGCAUAUUGGAGCUUUAAACUACUUAUUACCAUAUGAAUAUGUAUCAACACUUAAAAUUCUGCAUAAUAAAGCACCUAAAGCUGACAUAGAUGAUGUUCUACAUGUCAUACGAGAAGAUUUGGGAGAUGAGGCUGCUAAAGUAUUUAAAAGUUUUGAGCCAGAUCCAAUAGGUGCUGCAUCUUUAGCUCAGGUACAUUUAGCAACCUUGCAAGAUGAUACUAAAGUUGCUGUUAAAGUUCAACACAGGCAUGUGCAGGCACAUGCGCGAGUUGAUAUGGCUACUAUGGAGCUUCUAGUCAACAUUGUAGCAUGGCUAUUUCCUGAGUUCACAUUCAUGUGGCUUGCAGAAGAAACUAAAAGAAACUUGCCUAUAGAGCUAGAUUUUAUUCAUGAAGGCCAAAAUGCAGAACGAGUUGGUAGAAUGUUUUCAUCUCUCUCUUGGUUGAAAAUUCCUCGUAUAUAUUGGAAUUUAUCUACGACUCGAGUGCUUACUAUGGAGUAUUGUGAAGGUGGGCAGGUUGAUGAUGAAGAAUACAUAAGCAACCAUAACAUAUCUGCAGCAGAGGUUUCCAGAAAGCUGGGUGAAUUGUACAGUCAAAUGAUUUUUGUCAAUGGUUAUGUUCAUUGCGAUCCACAUCCUGGAAACAUUCUGAUACAAAAAGAUGAUAACAGUCAGGAAGCAAAAAUUGUGUUACUUGAUCACGGGCUUUAUACAGAUUUAACUGAUCAGUUCAGAAUGGAUUACUGCAAUAUGUGGUUAUCAUUAAUCAAAGCUGAUGUUAAAGGUGUUGAGUAUUGGGGACGUAAACUUGGUGUUGGAGAGCUGUAUGGUUUGUUGGCUUGUAUGAUCACAGCCCGAUCAUGGACAGCUGUAACAAAAGGCAUUGAAAAAGUGAAACCAACAUCUGAAGAAAAAAAAGAGAUUCGUAGUAAUGCUGCAAAUUAUUUACCUGAAAUUACUACAGUUUUAAGCAAAGUACCUAGAGAAAUGCUACUUAUUUUCAAAACAAACGAUCUCUUGAGAGGUAUUGAAGGAUCUUUAGGUGUGAAAGGUGCCGCUGGAUCAUUUAUUGCCAUGUCAAAAUGCUGCAUCAAAGCUCUUUAUGAAGAAAAGUUGAAAAAUUGUAAAUCCUUCCUAGGUGUUUUAAAAGUUACAUUUGCUAGAACUUUAGCUUAUACUAGGAUUUUUGUUUACCAAUAUUAUUUGUGGUUUAAUAAUUUGAGCUUUGUUCAGAAGUUUGCUUAGCUUUAGGAAAAAAUAUCGAGCUUCAUAUCUAUUUAUUUCA